AUGGGCUCCCAGAUUUUCCUGCUGCUGUUCUUCUUGCAUUUGAGUUUUGCAAAGUCUCCGGAGCCGCAAUAUGUCCUGAUCGUGCCUUCCGUCCUGCACUCCAACACGUCCAACCAGGCCUGCGUGCAGCUUCAAAACCUCAAUGAGUCGGUUUCCUUGAAGAUUACGCUGGACUACCACAUGGACAGCUAUGACCUUUGGGAAGGCCGUGUACCUGUGACCCACUUUUCUCAGUGCAUCAACUUCACGGCACCCCCUGCAACUUCGGAAUCGCUGGCAUUCGUGGUCCUUUCCGUCGAAGGCUCCUCGCUCCAUUUCUACGAAAGGAAGUCUGUGGGUCUCCAGAACAGAACCACGGUGGUCUUUGUUCAAACAGAUAAGCCGGUCUACAAACCUGGCCAGAAAGUGAUGUUUCGGAUCUUUGCUCUGGAUGAAGACUUUAAACCAGUUAACAAAAAGUAUUCAUUGAUCUACAUUGCGGAUCCCCAAAACAAUAGGCUUGCUCAGUGGGAGAAUAAAACAUCUUCCAAUAGUUUCUUAGAAAUGGAAUGGCAACUUGAUGAUUCCCCCAGUCUUGGAAACUACAGAAUUGACAUCACUGAUGAAACAAGCGAUACCACAGAUCAUUGGUUCAACGUGAGAGAAUAUGUGCUGCCUACGUUUAGCGUGAAAACCAAUUUGCCGCAGAGGGUCUCGCCUCUUGACGAAGAGUUCAAAGUCAACGUAUGUGCGAAGUAUACCUACGGCCAACCUGUCCAAGGGAGAGUCCAGCUCCGAGUGUGCCGGCAGCGCUAUUACCAGCCACAGUGUGAGCGGGAUUCGGAAGGGAUAUGUGAAGCUCUUAGCGCACAGUUAGGCAAAGACGGCUGCAUCUCCAAGAUGAUCGGGACCAAAGCCUUCCGCCUUUAUGCUAAUCUGGGCAGAGAUCGCUAUUUCUUUGUGUCGCUUCGAGUCAACGCGGUUGUGACGGAGAACGGAACUGGCAUCCAAAAAUCUACCAAUGGCUAUGUCUCUGUCUACCCAGCCAGAAAGACCGUAUCUCUGGAGCACAUAGAUUCAUACUACAGAAGACAAAUUCCAUACACUGGACAGAUACGGCUGAGAGAUGAAGAUAAUGCCCCCAUUGCGAAAGGGCUGCUCUUUUUGGAGCUCGAAGGGAAUAUUGUGGCUAACUACACCACAGACGAGAACGGCACUGCUCAGUUUUCCAUCAACACCUCCCACUUCUUUGAACCUCGCUAUAAACUGAGGGUUUUCCAUCAGCCAGAUCCAUGCGCUGAAGACGGCUGGCUAGAAACAGACCAACCGGAAUCUGUUCGCUUCGUCUACCGCUUCUUCUCCCGGACCGACAGCUUCGUGAAGGCAGUGCCGGUCUUGGAGGAACUGAAGUGUGGUCAGCGAAGGCCGGUGACGGUGCACUACGUCCUCAACAAAGACCGCCUCGAGGGGAGGAUCUCCAAGCUUUACUUCUUUUACAUUCUGCUGGCUCAAGACAAAAUCAUGGCUAAUGGCAAACAGCAAGUCAGCGUCCAAAUUGGACACCCGGGUACCUUCUCUAUCUUACUGAGCGCUGAUGAGAAAUUGGCUCCCAGGGCAAAGAUGCUGGUUUAUAUCUUCCACGAUGGUGAGCUGGUGGCCGACAGCAUCUCCUUUGACGUUGAGAAGUGCUUCCGAAACAAGGUCGGUCUGCAGUUCUCUGAGAAACAAGCCCUACCAGCCUCCAGCAUCAACCUUGACAUCGAAGCGGCCUCUAAUUCCAUCUGUGGUUUGCGGGCUAUAGAUAAGAGCAUCCUACUUUUGAGGCCUGGAAGAGACCUGUCUCCUGAGAGCGUGUACAGCCAGCGUCCUUAUCGGUAUUCUUAUGGUUAUUAUUUUCGGGGUGUGGACCUGGAAGAUUAUCAUGAAGAGCCAUGCAUUGAGCUGAAAAAUGCCUUUUUUAAAGGCUUGUACUAUUUGCCUGUGAAUGUUACUGAUGAUGGGAACGUCUACGAUAUUGUGAAGGACCUGGGUCUCAAGGUUUUCACCAGCUCCACACUGCGGAAGCCUGUUGUGUGUCAAAGCGAUUUGGAGUGCAAGAAGAUUUCCUCAGAUUACGAUAGUGGCGGCGGUCAUAUUUCUUCUAAGAUUCAACGAGUAGAGUCUAUGGGUUACAGUGGUUCUGCUGGCAGCCACCUGGAUACCGUGAGACAGUUCUUUCCUGAAACCUGGAUGUGGAGUGCGGUCUCUGUCGAUUCUAGUGGGAAGGCCAGUCUCUUAUACACCGUACCAGACACGAUCACGGAAUGGGAAGCCAAUGUGUUUUGUAUGGAAGACCACGCUGGGUUUGGCGUCUCCAAGCCAGCGUACCUGACAGCUUUCCAGCCAUUCUUUGUUGAACCAACCCUACCCUAUUCUGUUGUUCGAAAGGAAAACUUCAUUCUUAGAGCGAACACUUUCAAUUACUUGAACCAGUGCACAGAGGUGAGGGCUACAUUGGAAGAGUCCCAGGAUUACAAAGCAGAAAAUCUGUCUCCAGAAAACACCUUCACGAGGAUAUGUGCAAAUGAAAGAAAGACCCAUACUUGGAGAAUUCAACCUCAAAAACUGGGUACAGUGAAUGUCACGAUUACUGCCGAGGCCAAACCGGGUGAGCAGAGCGUGGGACGGAAGGACACGGUAAUCCGACCUCUGCUGGUUGAGCCUGAAGGUGUCAAAAAGGAGGUGACCCAGAGUGCUCUCAUCUGUGUAAAAGACGCGUCAACCACUGAGCCGGUGUCCUUAAAGUUGCCUCAAAAUCUGGUGGAGGGAUCUGCAAAAGCCUACAUUUCUGUCGUUGGUGAUGUUAUGGGCACUGCUAUGAGUGACGCGGAAAACUUUCUCCGGAUGCCUACCGGUUGUGGGGAGCAAAAUAUUGCCAUGUUCCUGGCCAACCUCGUCGUCUUAAACUACCUGAAUAACACGAAGCAGCUGACGGAAGAGAAAAGAGCCUUGUUUGUUGGACGUCUCUCCACUGGAUACCAGAGGCAGUUGAGGUACCGACUCCCCGAUGGAUCCUUCAGUACGUUUGGGAACCAGUUUGAAGAAGGAAACCUGUGGGUCACUGUUCUCACCUACAAAGCCUUGGCAAAGGGCAAGGAGUGGAUUUUUGUAGAUGACAAUGUCCUGGACCAAGCCCUGAUCCUGAUUGCAAGAAAGCAGGGGCCCGAUGGCUGCUUCCGACAGACCGGGGACAUCUUCAAUAAUGCUGUGAAGGAAGGAUCAAAUUAUUCCCUUCUACUGACUGCCAAGGUCGCUGCGUCGCUGCUGGAGGCCGGACGUCCCAGUUCGUAUCCUGUGGUGCAGCAGUGUCUCUCGUGCUUGGACGCAGCUUCUGCCAGGGGUGUUGACGUCACCUACGAAAAGGCUCUCCUGGCAUACACUUAUAGCUUAGCGGAGGACGAAGAACGGCGGCAAAAGUUCUUGGUGGACUUGAAAAAUUCCGCUACUAGAACAGGAGGCCAGCUUCACUGGGAAAGGGAAAGCCGACCCACAGCGGAAGCCUUCCUCUCCUUCUAUCCUCGGGCACCCUCUGCGGACAUUGAAAUGACCAGCUACGCCUUGCUGGCGCUUCUCAGCCAGCUCAGCCUGUCCCAGGAAGACCUGACUUUUGCCUCGCAGGUUGCUCAGUGGAUCGUCCGGCAGCAGAAUUCCUACGGAGGCUUCGCUUCCAGCCAGGAUACGCAUGUUGCCCUCCAAGCAUUAUCCCACUAUGGGGUCCUCACCUUCACAAAAGACCCCCAGAAUACGGUCGAGGUCAGCGGUGCCGGAGGGCCUGUCCAGACCCGUUUCGAGGUGAAUAGCCGGAACCGUGUUCUGCUGCAGCGGGUUGCCUUGCCAAGCGUCCCCGGGGACUACAGCGUGCAAGUGACCGGCUCCGGAUGUGCUUACGUGCAGACCACCCUGAGGUACAACGUCAUCCUGCCCUCGCAGGCCUCUGGGUUUUCUCUGGCCACGCAGACAAGGAACGCUUCCUGCACUGGUGACUUCCUCCCACGGUUUCACCUUGUCCUGACAACCAGUUACACCGGAAAGCGCAACGUCUCCAACAUGGCCAUUGUGGACAUCAAAAUGCUGUCUGGUUUCGUCCCUGUUGAAUCAUCUCUAGAGAAGCUUCAGAGCCAAGUGAUGCGCAGAGAAAAGAGGAACGACCACGUCCUCUUGUACCUGAAGAACGUAUCAUCAGAGCCAAUAACUUUAACAUUGAUUGUAGAAGAAAUCCAUCCUGUAUCUAACAUCCAACCAGCUCAAGUUAUAAUUUACGAUUAUUAUGAAACAGAUGAGUCUGCCCUGGCUGAAUACAACACUGCUUGCCCCCAGAAUGCAUCUUGAA